GUGAUCACGGACCCGAUUACAGCUCAACAAAAAUCCGAAUCAGGGGAAAGGAAGGGUGACUUUACCCGUUCUAACAAGUUUCUGGUGUGAGUUAUCAUUUUAAAAAAAGUCUAGUCUGAGGGGAAUGUGACCCCUGCCGCUGUGAGCGUCACGUCAGUUAACACGUGGAUGGCGCUGGGCUUGGUGUCUCCGAGGAGAGGAGGCGGCCGGGCAGAGGCAGAGGGAAAAUGUCCAGUAAAGAAAUUAAGGCAACAUUGAAAAAUGCAAGGGAAGCUAUUAGAAAUAAAGAAUAUAAAGAGGCAUUAAAACAUUGCAAGGCUGUGUUGAAACAAGACAAGAAUAACUACAAUGCUUGGGUUUUUAUCGGAGUUGCUGCGACAGAGUUGGAACAGCCUGACCAGGCAAAGACUGCAUAUAAAAAGGCGACAGAACUUGAGCCAGACCAAUUGCUGGCAUGGCAGGGUUUGCAAAAUUUAGGUGAGAAGAACAAUGCUUCUGAUAACAGGCAUGAGCUAUUGGGAGUUUACCAGAAGCUAAUGGAACUGUAUGAAAGUUCUGAUAAGCAAAAAUGGCAUGAAGUCUGCUUAAAAUUAAUUGAUCUCUAUCAUCAAGAAAAAAAAUAUCCAGAGGCUGCUAAAACAUGGAAUCGAUUAAUACGGAUAAAACAACAAGAUGGAGCUGAUAAGCAAGAACUUCAUCAUUUGUGGAAGAAGAUGGUCCAGUUACUUGUUGACAAAGUAGAGAGUCAAGAUAAUGAGACUCAGCAACUGUUGGUAACUGCUUUUGAAAAUGCCCUUUCAUCCCUGGACAAGAUUCCAAGUGACAGUCAUCAGAAGCUUUCUACUGACUACAUUAAAUUUCUAUCAAAACUGCCACACGAAAGAGAUAAGCUAAAACUAACUUGCGAGGUUUUGAUAGCCCAGUACCCUGAUUCAUCGUCAUCACUGGAAGUACUUUGCAUGCAUUUCAUCCAAACAGAGUGCUUUAGUGAAGAGGCUUUUCAGUGUUAUACAAGACUUAAUAAGAUGGAACCAACAAAUGGACUAGGCCUUAUUGGACUUGGAAUCAAAGAAAUGCAAGAACAGAAAUACGAAGAAGCAGCAAAAAACCUGACUGAAGGGUUAAAGCAUGCACGAACAACAAUUAUAGCCUGGCUUUAUCUAGCAGAAAUCCAAAUCCAGAUGCACAAGUGUGAAGAAGCAAUUGACUCUUGCAGGCAAGGUUUGAAGUGGUUGGAAAAGAAUAUCCACGAUGGUAACAGUCAUCAAAAGCCCAAGUUGCUUCAUUUACAAGCAGAAGCUAUGGUUAGAUCUGGUGACCCAAAUAAUGCAGAUCAAGCCUUUGGCAUCCUGGAACAGCUUCCUAAUAAUGAACCGGUACUACUUGCCAUGAAAGGUCAAGCUUAUUUGAACAAGGGUCUGAUGGAACAAGCUUCUCAGAUUUCAACAGAUCUUACAAGAUCUCAUCCUGACUUGGCUGAGUCAUGGGAACUCCAAGGCCUCAUUGAAUAUACUCAAAAAAAUUAUAUGCAGGCAGAACAAAGUUUCCGGAAAGCUCUGAAAAUAAAAGCAGACUCUGGAGAAUAUUACUACUACCUUGGACUAACUUACUGGUUCAUGGGAGAGGAGACGAGAAAAGAUAAAACUAAAACAGCUACGCAUUUAUUAAAGGCUGCUAAGUUGGACACAUACAAUGGAAAAACAUUUUGCUACUUGGGUCACUACUAUCGAGACAUAGUACAAGAUAAAAGUAGAGCCCGGGGCUGCUAUAAAAAAGCCUUCGAUCUCAACAACAAUGAUGAAGAAGCAGGUGCUGCAGCUGUUGAUCUCAGUGUUGAACUUGGAGAUAUGGAAACCGCUCUGACAGUUCUGAGAAUAGUGACUGAUCGCUCGAGUGCUGGGACUGCCAAAUGGGCUUGGCUUAGACGAGGACUUUAUUACCUGAGAGUCAACCAGAAUUCCCAAGCUGUUGCAGACUUACAAGCAGCUUUGAGGGCAGACCCAAAAGACUCAAAUUGCUGGGAAUGUUUAGGAGAGGCCUAUCUCAGCAGAGGAGGUUACACUGCUGCUUUAAAGGCCUUCACAAAAGCCAGUGAACUCAAUCCAAAUGCUGUGUACAACAUUUACAAGAUAGCAGCCAUCAAGCAGAUUCUUGGCAAGUAUGCAGAUGCAGUUACAGAGUAUAAACAGAUAGUUCAAAAUUCGGAAAACUACGUGCCAGCACUCAAAGGUCUAGGUGAAUGCUAUUUAAUGAUGUCACGAAGUGCCCUCAGCGAUUACUUGGAUGGAAGAGCUUUGGAUUCAGCUGAACAGGCACUUCAGUACUUAGCUGGAGCUGUGCAGUAUCGACCUGAUGUAUCUUGUCUUUGGAAGCUAAUUGGAGACACAUGUACCACACUCCAUGUUCUGUCACCAGCAAAGGUUAAUGUUCAAGUCCCUUUUGUUCUCAUUGGACAGACUGAAAAAACUAAUUUGCACGCGUUAAACAAAAAUGAACUGCUUCGCCUGGGAGGAAGAUGCUAUGUGCGAGCCCUCACAUUGAUGUCUACAUCUGCCAAUCUGUGGUGUGACCUUGGUGUGAAUUAUUACCGACAGGUACAACACCUGGCCACUACAGGAGAAGAAAAUACAAUGCAUGAAUUGCUGGAAAAAUCACUGCAGUGCCUUAAAAAAUCUGUGAUGUUGAACAGCAAAAAUCAUCAAUACUGGAAUGCACUUGGAGUUGUUGCCAGUUACAAAGGUAUUGAAAAUUAUGCUCUCGCACAGCAUGCAUUUAUUAAAUCUGUUCAGGUUGAACAAAAUAAUGUUGUGGCAUGGACCAACCUGGGGGCUACUUAUUUGAAGAAUGAAAACAUUGAGCUUGCCCAUGAAGCCUUUAAAGUAGCCCAGUCUUUGGAACCCUCUUAUGUUAUGUGCUGGAUUGGACAGGCACUUAUAGCGGAAUCUGUUGGCAGCUAUGAGACAAUGGACUUAUUUAGACAUACAACUGAGCUUGGUGUCAAUACUGAAGGAGCAAAAGGUUAUGCGCACUGGGUGUGCACAACACUGCAGGAUAAAUCGAACAGAAAUUCAGAACUGUACAAAUACAACAUUGUACAGAUGAAUGCAAUAUCUGCUGCACAAGUUGUCAUGAGCAAGUAUACAGAGAGAAUUCAGACAGAUCCAAUAGCUUUCACAAUGUUGGGUUACUUAAGCGAGUAUCUAAACCUGAAGAAGCAAGCAGCAGAGGCGUAUCGCAGAGCGGUUGUACUAUUACAAAAUGCAGAAGACAACGAGAAACUUCCUUUUGCUCGAAGAAAUUGGGCUCGAGCCUUGUGUGCUGCAGGUCACUAUCAGGAAUCCAUUCAGGCUUAUAUGUUGAAUCCACUCAUGGAGUUUGAUGACAUUACUGGACUUGCCUUAGCUUACUUAAAGAAAGGCCAACUUCAGGAGAGUGCCAAAGCUUAUGAAAAGGCUUUAAGUCUUGCUCACACGGAGAAAGAGAAGGCUCAAAUACUGAUUGCGCUUGCCAUGAUUGAGUUUAAAGGCAACAGAAUGGACAAUGCUAAAACUUUACUUUUCAAGUGCUCCAUGCUGAAAGAGCCCAGUUUAGAAAGUCUGCAGGCAUUGUGUGCUCUGGGACUAUUGAAGAAGGAUACCACUCUAACGACAGCAGCACUUAAUGAACUGUUCAAACAUUGGGAUAAAAUCAGUUCAGCUUAUGAAACCUACCUUCUUUCUUCAGGAAUGUUUUCUUUGCAAGGUAACAGUUUAGCUGUACAGAGACAGGCUGCGAAAGCUGUUCAUAGCAAUCCAGCUGAUCCUGCCCUUUGGACAUUAUUAUCCAGAGUUGUUCCUCAACAUACUCCCCAAAAGGCAGAAGGUGGAAUAGUGGCUGGCAAGGUCGCACAGGCCCUAAGUUCUCAUCAUUCAAAGAAUGCUCUUUUGUUCAGUGCUAUAAACCAGAUGGCAGCAGGAAAACAUGCAGCAAUUGAUAAAAAGGAUAAUGCAUUAAAGACUAUCCAAAAGGCAGUCCAUCUAUAUCCAGAUGAUCCCGCUGUGUGGGCCAGUUUAAUGGCAGCAUGCCACAUGGAAAAAAUAUCAUCUCAUUUGAAUGGUACAACUCCAAAGCUAACUGCAUCUGAGGAACUGUUUGUUGCAAUGAUCACUACAAAAAUAAAAACAGAGAAGACCAUGCCAACUUCCUAUCUUCAGUCCCUGGAGAACUGGUCUCUGCAACAGGCUGCCACUGGACUAAAAGAAAUGGGCAGGCAUUCUGAUGCUGAAGCCUUCUGUACUAAAGUACUUAAGAACCACCCAGACCAUCCUGCAGUGUUCCUCUUGCUGAGACAGGUUCAAUGCGAACAGCUCUUGAUUUCACACCAGCAGCUUCCUGAUACAGUUUUAGAAGAGCUGAAGAAGGCAGUGAUGUCAAACUUCACAUCAAUAACAGCUUGGCAUUGGCUGGCAGAAAUAUAUAAAUCUCAGGGUUUGAUGGUAGCUGCAGAGAUGUGCUACAGGCAAGGAUUGCAAUUGUCUUCACAACAAGGUGAUGUGAGUGGCAAGUUGUCAAGUCUGCUCCGAUUAGCACUGCUUGCACUUUCACUCAGCACGAUAAAAUUUCAAAACAAUCGAUGGACAUCUCUAGUAAAAGAAGCAACCAAUGAAGCUCAGAAAAUCUGCUUCUGCCCUCUAGCUGGUCUGUUCCAAGCACUUCUGCAAUUUAUAGUUAAAAUGGGAGCAAGGGAGACUCGACGGCUGCUGGAGAGAGUAGUAUAUCAGCCGGGUUAUACUGAAAGCAUUGCAUCAGUUGCACGUUGGUACCUCCUCCGACAUUUGUGGGCCAAAAAUGAUGAUGCACUUAUUACGGUUUUACUUCAAAAUGCAAAAAUGAAAGGUGAUUCCAGAGUCGAAGAACUGUACCAGAAGCUUAAUGAGUCAUCAUGAUUACUGAACUGAAACAAAGACAAACUUUGAAUGCCUGAACAAUAAACUGUAGCAUGGGAACUAUGGCUUUGGUUGCUAAUAUUACUAGGAUUUCUGGCUGUCUAACAGCAGUACCUAUGGCUGGCGGGCUAGCUUUUUUUGAAGCAAUACCACUGCUAUUGUUCAUUGCACCUUGGAUAGAUGUUUAAAAAAAAAUCCACAUAUCAUUAUCUGGAUCCAUACUUUCUCUUCUAUGCAAUCAUUGUAUUGUCCUGUCUUUUGCAUCUGAAUAUGUCAUCAAGGCCAAGGAGCUUGCCAGAUUUCUUUAUUUUUAGAUGAAUACUUUCAUUGUAACUUGACCAUUAAUCUGUAAUGUUGCAGUAUGAAUACAAAGAAAUAAUCAUGUUUGGACAUUUGUUGCAGAGUUCAUAAUAAUAUCACAGCAAGCUAUGCAUUCGUAUCAUGAGUUCCUGCUGAAAAUUAUAAUUAAAGUAAUUAUCUUGCCCCAAUCUUUAAGCUCUUUAUUUAAUGUUAUGCUUAUGACCAUUAAAGUCACCACUGACAGUCUCAAUUAUUUUUGACAAACAUUCCUUUGCACCAAAUGUAUUCAAAUACCUCUAAUUUGUUACUGGAUAGCAAAUAUGCAAGUUCAAUAUUGAAGUGAAAUCUUAAGGCUGCUUUGGCAUAGAAACUGUUGUAGAAAUGGGAAAAUGCUACAUAUACUGGAAAUUUGGAAUCAUGCAGCAUCUGUGGGGAGAGAAAUUGUUAAUGGGUGAAAUCCUGGUAGAUAAGAUCCCCUACCCAGAAUCACUGCCCACAGUCCACACAUGCCUGUGCAGUUGCUUGGGAUGGAUGGUGAGUGCCCUUUGCAGUGGCCCUCUGCACCUUUAAAUCCAGUGACUUGGCCUCAUUGAAGAAUGGGCAAAAGGCAGUGCAGUGCAGAGGCCUUACCCCCAAAAUACUCAGACUGCCUUGCAAAGGUGGAGCUGACAUUUGGCUAACUGAAAUUUGUAAGUGAUAUUUCUUUUAAAAAUCUCCUAAUAUUUAGAGAGAUGUAAAAACUAUUCAAAUUAAAGAUAGUGAAACAUUUUAAAAAUAAAACAAAAGUCAUUUCAAACACCAAAGCAAAAUAAUUUAAAAGAAAAUUAAUUCCCAUUUUCUUCAUCUACAGAGCUAUAAUUCCUAUUGAAAUCAAUGGGGUCUCAGAUCCUGCACUGUUGGACUCUGUGUGAAGCCCAGUGAAGGAUCAUAGGAAUAGAUGCAUCGCCAUCUGUCAUUUGGUAAGUCCUGGACUUGUGCACAUGAAAGUGCACACAUGGAGGUCUGGGAUUUGCAUCUGACCUAUACUAACAACUGAGCACUGGCUGUUGCAAUCAGAACUGCCAGCAAAACUCAUUGGUAUCUGCAGUAGAAAUCUAUGGCGGAAUCAUGGCCGAUGUCAGAAUGGAGGGGGAACCACAUCAGUCAGCUUGCAAUAAAAAAGAAAUGAUGACUUUAUUGAUCUCUUUUAAACAUUUAAUAUUUGCAAACAGAUGAUGUUUUGGGGGCAAAAAUGUAGCAGUUUCAAAAGAAUUGGAUUACAGUCAAACGACUAUCUUCCCCAGCAUGUUCAGUUGAACAAUUCUAGUUGAAGAUGUUUCUAAUUAUGAUAAAGACUGGCUUUCCAACACUGCCUGAGCAAAGAACCUAAAAAUAAAGGACGGGAGCCAACAAAGGUGCAGCAACACGAUUUUGAGAAGGUCCUGUGCACAUUUAACAGUAAUUUUCUUAAAACAAAGUAACCUAAGGCAAAUGACUGUGAGUACCACAUACAUUUUAGGAUACGUGUCAUUGUUGGGGAUAGUUAUUUUAACAAUAUAAAUGACAUCAACAUAACCUAGGAAAAUAUCUGCACUUUAUUCAAAAGUAUGAUGUAAUAAAUUUGUUUUUAUGUAAAACAAAAUCGUGCUA